AAUGCCGAUAUCAGGCUGUAUGAGCGCUCCACGGCUGUGAGCUGCGGGAACAGUAGGAGGCUUCCACGCCGCGGAUUGUCUCAUAACCGUCUCCCUCUGGAUCAGGAUCACCCCCCCUUUUAUCCCUCUCUCCAUUUCUCUUUCCGAGGAAGACAGGAGGGAGAAGCAGCAUCACAUUUCGACAAAAGGAAGGGCUAGAGAAACGGAAAAAGAUAUCAAAAGUAUCAAGAUACCCAGAGAAGAUGUGACCUCUGCCUGGCCUUUAACACACCAACUUCUGGCUUCUGCUUCAGCUUUCCAACACAGCACUACCUCCUCACACUGGAGCCCCGAUCCUUCAAUUCCAACUUUUCACAACCACCUCCUUCAUUCAUUUUCCCUGGAUUUAUGCCCCCUCUUCCCUGUUACCAUUCCAAGCAGACCAUACACAAUUGUGCUUGAGAACAUGGCUAUACCUAAUGCUAAUGAAUUUCACUGGCAGAGCCUGGCACGCCUGCCCAGUGGACGUGUCUACCACACUCUGUCUGAGGUUGGGGGGCAGAUGUACAUGCUAGGGGGCUGUAAUGCUGCAGGGAGGCCUUGCCCAGCUUUGGAGCUCUACUCCCCUGAGGGAGACCGCUGGAUACGUUUGCCCCCGAUGCCCACCCCUCGUGCUGGUGCUGCCGUAGCAGUACUUGGAAAGCAGAUCCUGGUGGUUGGAGGAGUGGGAGAGGACCAGAGCCCUCUUAAGGUGGUGGAGAUAUACAACACAGAGGAAGGGAGGUGGAGGAAGAGGUGCGCACUGCGGGAAGCACUAAUGGGUCUUUCCAUCACUGUCAAAGAUGGCCGGGCUCUGGCUGUUGGAGGAAUGGGUGCUGACCUCCUGCCUCGCAGUAUUCUGCAGCAGUAUGAUCUCCGAAAGGAUGUGUGGGCCCUACUUCCUCCCAUGCCUACCCCACGCUAUGAUGCCAACACACAUCUGCUGGGCAGCAAGCUUUAUGUUGCAGGGGGCCGUCAAUGUAAGCGACCAGUGAAGGCUUUUGAGAUGUACGACACAGACACACGCUCGUGGACUUCGUUACCAGUUAUGCCAUGUAAACGUACCUAUGGCGGCGUGAUAUGGGACUCAGCUGGGAGGCUAUGUCUGCUGGGAGGACUGCGGCAGGGUGGAGGACACCAAAGCUCCAAGUUCACCAAGAACAUUAACAUCUUUGAUACAAACCAAGGCAUUUGGUUGAAGUCAGAGGACAUUGUAUCUAUGAAAACAAAGAGGGCAGACUUUGCUGCUGGCUUCCUGCGUGGUCGGAUGGUGGUUGCAGGAGGACUUGGCCAUGAGCCUUCAGCUCUUGACACAGUAGAGGCCUUUCAUCCUCAGAGGAACAAGUGGGAGAAGUUGGCCCCUAUGAAUUUUCCCAGAUGUUCUGCCUCUUCCAUUGUCAUCAGAGACCGACUCCUUGUGGUAGGAGGAGUCAACCAGGUUCCCAGCGCAGCUCAUGAGAUCCUCUUCGUCAAGGGAGAAGAGUAUCUGUAGCUUGUUGGGAUUUAAGCCCAGAUAAUUGAAGACCAAGAUGCCACUUCCUCUUGUCUGGACAAGCGCAGUGUGUAGGAAGCAUUGGGAGCACUUGACGAUGGAGGGCUCUAGUUAUUGGACGUUAUGUAACAGAUAACACUGCCCCCUGCUGGCCAUAAUUGAAACAUGAAGCAGGACGGCAUAGAGCUGCUGGGGGUACUGAUUGAUAUUUUAAAUGUGAAACUCUUCUGCAUUGUAUGUUGAUGUGCAUACUGGGAGAAAAAUCUAUUAUGUCUAGUAUUGUAGACAAAGAUAAUAUAUAAAUAUGUGAGAGCCCUGUUUUAUUGCAUAUUUGCAUUUCACAUUUGCUUUUUAGUCUUUUCUGUGCUUUGUCUGUGUGCAGUUUGCUAAUACCUUAAUUUUUUUUUUUUUGGUGGAAUGAACACAAAAUAUUUUAAUUCAGUCUGAUGCAAUGAUGGCUAUAACUGAUUAUUAUUUGAUAUCACUCUGCUAACGAAACCGUUUGUUAAUUAGCUGCUGUGACAAAAUGUGCUCUAAGGUAAUUAACACUGCACAGAGUGGCACCCUCUGAUCAUCCCACUGCUCCUUCCACCUGCCUGUGUGGACGUUUGGUGGAUAUCUGACAUCCUCACCCACCCAGAGGCUAUAUAAAUAAAAUUGAAUUGAACUGAAUUAAAAUUGAUUUGAAUUAACAGGGGUUUUCUACCAAUCCUUUUUAAUGUGAUGUGUUGUAGUGAUGACCCUCGAAAUGCUGUUAUAUCACUUUUCUGAUGGGGAGGCAGCGCACAUAUGUAAGUAUAACAUCAAUUAUAGGAUGUAAUACUGCAAAUAUGAAGAGAAACAGUAUAUUAAAUGACAGCAUGUAUGUUGUUUAGGAUAUUUCUUAGCUGCUUGUAGUGUAAGGCAUGAGUCAUGUUUGAUUCCAAGCCGAUUGUGCCCAUUUUAUUCCUGCAUUAUUUAACAUUUGCUUUUCUGAGCAACUUUUUUUUCAGGAUGUGUUGUUACAGUUAGCUAUUUUGGAGAUUCCAUGUGUUCUGCUGGAUGAUGUCUUGUCUGCUGAUUUUUUUUGCCAGUGACAGACACUUGUUUCUUUGUAUUAGGCUGUUUUGUAACAGUUGAAUAACCUGUGAAUAUUUUAUCAACAAGAAGUCAUCCUCUGCUAUA